CUAUAAAAGCCUCCAGGCAGGGAACAGAGGGGCACAACAGUUUGGAGCUCUCUGGGGAGAGCUCUUCUCCUGCUCUGCCUGUGACCAUGGGGAAGAGAGUGGCUGUGGUGCUGGCUGGCUGCGGGGUGUACGACGGGAGUGAGAUCCAUGAGUCUUCUGCUGUGCUGGUGCAUCUCAGCAGGGAGGGGGCACAGGCAGAGGUUUAUGCUCCCAAUGUUGACCAGAUGCAUGUGGUGGACCACGUGAAAGGCCAGCCAACUCAGGAGAAGCGCAAUGUGCUGGUUGAAAGUGCCAGAAUAGCCAGAGGGAAUAUCAAGGACCUUGCUGAGUUGGAUGUCAAGGGGCUGGAUGCUCUCAUCAUCCCAGGUGGCUUUGGAGUGGCUAAAAACCUAAGUACUUGGGCUACCCAAGGCAAGAACUGCAUCAUCUCACAAGAGGUGGAGAGUGUCCUGAAGGCAUUCCAUGCUGCCAACAAGCCCAUUGGCCUCUGCUGCAUCUCCCCAGUGCUGGCAGCUAAGAUCUUUCCAGGCUGUGAGCUGACUGUGGGUCAUGACACGGAGUGUGAGAAAUGGCCUUAUGCCAAGACUGCUGAGACCAUGAAGGAGCUUGGCUGCAAGCAUGUGAACAAACACGUCACUGAAGUGCAUGUGGACGUGAAGAACAAGCUGGUGACCACCAGUGCCUUCAUGUGCAAUGCCCCCAUUCAUGAGAUCUAUGAUGGCAUUGGCAAAAUGGUCCAAGAAGUGGUCAGGCUUGCCUGAAAGUCCCAAAGCCACAGAAUCCAUCUCAAUGCUCUUCUCCUUUUACACCCCCAGGUCAACAGGCAAACUGUCACUCAGUUCUUCCCCUUCACCAGGCCACUGGUGGCUGCUGAGGAGGCAGAACUCUGGAGUGAUGGAAGAGCAAACUGGCAAAGUGUUGUUGUGUUCUGACAGCAAGCUGGCAGUAACUGGAGUGUGGGCACACACUGAGCAGAAAGCAUGCCUCUACAGGACUCAGAUCACUCCUAGCUUUGAUUCUGAGUGGCUGAGGAGUUACAUGGGUCAUGCCAACAAUAGGAUCACAGAAUGGUUUGGGACGGAAGAGACCUCAAAGAUCAUCCAUUUCCAACUGCCUGCCAUGGGUAGGGACACACUCCCCUAGACCAGACUGCACAAGCCCCCAUUCAACCUGACAUUUAGUGCCUCCAGGGAAGGAGCAUCUGCAGCCUCUCAAGGCAAUCUGUUCCAGGGCCUCCUCAUCUUCACUGUAAAGGUUUUCUUCCUAAUCUCCAGUCCACAUCUCCCUUCCUCCAGUUUCAAACUGUUGCUCCUCAUCCUAUCACAACAAGCCUCUGAAAAAGUCCCCCCCACAGCCCCAGCCCAUGCCUGGGCUGAUCUGAUGUGUGCCACAUGUGCCAUCAGGAUUGGUACCUUUCUGAGCCUCCUUACACAUCCAUCUUUGCCAGUACUCCACAGCUCCAUACGUAGCUCUCUGCCUUGCAGAACACAUCAGUUAGUGGCAAAAGAAAGGAACACAGCUCUGUCACCAAAUAAAAGCUGACACUGUGUAUGUGGGCUGGAUUCUGCUCUGCUGUUUGCUUUUCACCCUGGAUUAGGGCAUGCUCGAGGACAUCAGCAGCAGAGUGAUGCCAAGCUCUAUGUGCUGAUACAAACUCCCACUGCAGGCACAGGCAAGGAUUGUCU